GUCGGUUGCUGGGAGAACUCACGACAACAAAAGGCGCGGGCAGCGGCGGCCCUGCGGAAGGAAGCCGGGAAGUCCUGCGCUGCGCCGGAGAGCGGGACCUAUUCGAGCGGGAGUCCAGAUCUUAUGUAAAAUGGAUGUUUCGCACACUAGGGACCAAAUUUUAAGCGGAAAGUCUAGUAAAAUCUAAGCUGCCAUGGGAGAAAUACCAAUAAAAGUUGCUGUCAGAAUUAGACCUCUGCUGUGCACAGAGAUUCUUCAUAAUCUCCAAGCCUGUGUGAGAGUUAUACCAAACACCCAGCAAAUUAUCAUUGGGCGAGAUAAAGUCUUUACUUUUGAUUUUGUUUUUGGCAAAAAUUCCACUCAGGAUGAAGUUUAUAGUACAUGUAUAAAGCCACUAGUAGUGUCACUCAUUGAAGGCUAUAAUGCAACUGUUUUUGCCUAUGGACAAACCGGAUCUGGGAAGACAUAUACCAUUGGAGGAGGCCAUGUUGCUUCAGUUGUGCAGAGUCAAAGGGGUAUCAUUCCUCGAGCUAUCCAAGAACUAUUUCAGAGCAUCUCUGACAGUCCUAGCACUGACUUCAAUGUAAAAGUGUCUUAUAUAGAAGUAUACAAGGAAGACCUAAGAGAUCUUCUAGAAUUGGAGACAUCUGUGAAGGAUCUUCACAUCCGAGAAGAUGAAAAAGGAAACACAGUGAUAGUCGGGGUCAAGGAAUGCCAAGUGGAGACUGCGGAUGAAGUGAUGAGUCUCUUGGAGAUGGGGAAUGCAGCCAGGCAUACAGGUGCCACCCAAACGAACAAGCACUCCAGUAGAUCACAUGCAAUUUUUACAAUCAGCAUUUGUCAAGUGAAAAGAAAUCUGGAGGCAGCUAAAGAUGGAUUGUGGUGUUUACCUCGACAUAUCAUCUCAAAGUUCCACUUUGUGGAUUUGGCUGGAACAGAAAGAGUAACCAAAACAGGGAAUACUGGUGAACGAUUCAAAGAAUCCAUUCUGAUCAACAGCGGGUUACUGGCUUUAGGCAAUGUAAUAAGUGCUCUUGGGGACCCACGCAGGAAAAGCUCACAUAUUCCAUAUAGGGAUGCUAAGAUUACCCGGCUUUUAAAAGAUUCUCUGGGAGGCAGUGCCAAGACUGUCAUGAUGACUUGUGUCAGCCCAUCCUCCUCGGAUUUUGACGAGUCCUUAAAUUCUCUUAAAUAUGCCAACAGAGUUCGCAACAUUAGAAACAAACCCACCUUAAACUUUAGCCCCGAGUCAGACCGAAAGGAUGAAAUGGAAUUUGAGAUGAAAUUGCUUCGAGAAGCUUUGCAAAGCCAGCAAGCUAGUAGCAACCAAACUAGCCAGAUCCAUCUAGAGGGGACUUCUGAUAAAAAUAGGAUCCGUUCUCUUAAGGAGCAAGUAGCUGAGCUACAAAGACAAUGUCUGGGUUACCAAAAUUGUAUAGAGGAAGCCUUUACCUUCUUGGUGGACUUAAAAGAUGCUGUCAGACUAAACCAAAAGCAGCAACAUAAACUGCGGGAGUGGCUUAACAUGACCCAAGAGGUCUGUAAGUCAAUUGUCCGUUCAUUCAGAGGAAGCCAUGACAUCAGGAAUCUAGAAGGACAACGGCAUAUUGCAGUUCUCCAACUAGAGCAAGAGCUUGAGAAAUGCCAGAAUGAAAAAGUAAUAGAACAACAACUUCUUGUGGAACAACUGAGUGAAGAACAAACAAAACAUAACCUGUCAAUGACUUCUUCAGCUAAAGAAACUUGUGGAGAUGGGCCCGAUACCAGGAUACCUGAAAAGAGACCAUAUACAGUACCAUUUGAUGCACGUUUGGGAUAUUGUAUUUAUCCUUCAGCAAGAUCAGAUUCCAGAAAGGUCUACACAAGUCCUUCUGUACACUCUCUGGAUCAAGUAGUUGCUGGAUUUCGAACACGAACUCAGAUGCUGCUGGGUCACAUAGAAGAACAAGAUGAAGUCCUCCAUUGCCAAUUUUCUGAUAGCAAUGAUGAUGAUGAAGAAUCAGAAGGCGAAGAGAAAUCUGAAGUUAGACAUCGAAGUCACUCAUGGAUUGAAAAGCCAGACUCUAUUUGUUCUUUUGCUGAAUUGAAUGAUAUUCAGAAUCAAACACAAAAGUCAAAUUUGGGGAAUGAAGAUAUAAAGAUAGAAUGUCUCCAGGAGAGUCAAGAAUUGAACUUGCAAAAAUCAAGGAAUUUGGAACUCAUACUUACUGAAGCUAACCAAAAAAUAAGAGAACUUACAAUUAACAUCAAGAUGAAGGAAGAUCUAAUUAAAGAGUUAAUAAAAACAGGUAAUGAUGCCAAGUCUGUAAGCAAGCAGUAUGCUCUGAAAGUAAUGAAACUUGAGCAGGAAGUGAAACAGGCACAAGUGGAAUUAACUGAAACACAAAAGCAGCUACAGGAACUGGAAAGCAAACAUCUUUCUGAUGUUGCUUUGAAGGCAAAAUUACAGAAGGAGUUCUGCAAAAAGAUGGAUGCUGCAAAGCUAAGAGUCCAGGUCUUACAGAAGAAGCGACAAAACAGUGAGAAGUUGGCAUCACUGUCUAUCCAAAAUGAGAAACGUGCUAAUGAGCUAGAGCAGAAUGUAGAUCAUAUGAAACAUCAAAAGGGACAGCUGCAAAAAAGACUUAGAGAAGAAAAUGAGAAAAGGAAGCAACUGGAUGCAGAAAUUCAGCGGGAUCAAGAAAAAAUCAAAGAACUAAAGUUAAAAACAGAACAGGAAGAAGGUCUGAAUUUGAAAGCUGAGGACCUUGAUGCAUUUAAGAUGAAAAGGAGAAAAGGUUUGUCUGGAAGUAUAGACCAACUCCAGAAAUUGGAUGAGCAAAAGAAAUGGUUAGAUGAAGAAGUAGAGAAAGUUCUAAACCAACGCCAAGAAUUACAGGAGCUGGAAGAAGACUUAAGGAAACGGGAAGCCAUAGUUUCUAAGAAGGAGGCCCUGUUAGAGGAGAAGAGCCACCUGGAAAAUAAGAAGCUGAGAUCUAGUCAGGCCUUAAAUACAGAUAGUUUGAAAAUAUCAACUCGCCUGAAUGUGGUGGACCAAGAGUUGUCUGAAAAGAAUGUGCAGCUCCAGAGCAGCACAGCUGAGGAGAAAAUAAAGAUAUUAGAACAAGUUCAAGACCUCCGGAAAGAAAAGGAUCAGCUACAGAGACGAAGAAACAGUGUGGAUGAGAAACUUAAAAGUGGAAGCGUGCUAUCACCUGAAGAAGAACAUGUUCUUUUCCAACUUGAAGAAGGGAUUGAAACUUUGGAGGCUGCAAUUGAAUACAAGAAUGAAAAUAUCAAGAGUCGCCAGAACUCGCUCAGAGCUUCACUCCAAAACGUCCCUCAUAGUGAAGCAAAUGUCUUGGGAAAACUAAUUUGCCUGCAUCCUCUUGAGAUUAGAGCUAUUCUUUUGAGAUAUUUCAAUAAGGUGGUUAAUUUGCGAGAAGCUGAAAAGAAACUACAGUUACAGAAUGAAGAAUCUAAAAUUAAGGUUUUGGAACAGGAUAAUAUGGUUCGUGAGUUGGAAUCUGCACUGGAACAUCUGAAAUUGCAGUGUGACCGGAGACUGACCCUCCAACAAAAGGAACAUGAACAAAAAAUGCAGCUGCUGUUACAUCAUUUCAAAGAACAAGAUGGGGAAGGCAUUAUGGAAACUUUCAAAACAUAUGAAGAUAAAAUCCAGCAGCUGGAGAAAGAUCUUUAUUUCUAUAAGAAAACCAGCAGAGAUCUUAAGAAGAAACUUAAGGAACUGGAAGGGACAGCAAUUCGGUGGCAACUAGCACCAUCUGAACAUCAUGAUGCUGGAGAUGGAGUCCUGAACCCAGAAGAAGCAAGUAUGAUUCCAGAAGAAUUAAAAUGGGCAUCCAGAACUGAAAGUAUGAAAUUAAGUGUAAGGGAAAGAGAAUUAGACAGUUCAUCAAGCAGCUUAAGCACACAACCAAAUCCUCACAAGCUCAGGGAAGAUGGCCAAGAAUUGCCUCGAAUUUAUAGCUCUUUAGCACCCACUAGUGGACAUUUGUUAAACAAUGAGGCUAAAACAGAAAUAGAUGGAAAUCUGUUUACAAAAUCUCAUAGUCGAUCAUCACCCCAAGUUCAACCAGUGGGAAGUGUGGGACAGCUUCAUGGUAUCACACCUGUAAAGCUGUGUCGCAAGGAGUUACGUCAGAUUUCUGCGUUGGAACUAUCAUUACGACGUUCCAGUCUGGGAGUUGGGGUUGGAUCUAUGACUGCUGAUUCCAUUGAAGUAGCUAGGAAACAAGAGUGACUUAAAAACUUAGGCAUUUAAUGAUAGAACUUUUAAUUUAGUACAUAUAUAAGAUACCUUUUUCUAACCUGGUAAAAAGUCAAGCUUAAGUUCACUAGCUCUUCUCUCAGGAUAGAGGAAGAGAAGGAAGGAAUCCUUUUGUAGUCUACAGAUGUAUACAUCUUCUAUAGUAUAUUUGGGGAGUUUUAAUGUGUAUUUCCACAAUAACCAAAUACACACACUUUCCAAUACUAUCAAGUAAUGGAAUAUUUAAAUACAUCCAUAUAUAAAUUUGCUUAAAAUUUUUUCCAGGCAUAUUUGAAGAACAAAACUAAGAAUAGAAUAAUAAACUAAUAUAUCCAUCAAAUGUAAUGUUAUUAUAUAAUAUAAAAAUAUAAAAGUAUAAUACAUUAAAUGUAAUAUCUUACAAGUUUAUAUUAUUGUUGUUUGCAAAUACAAGUAUAAAAAGAUCCAGUUAAAUAGUGCUUGUGUGAGAGGGAGAGUCACUUGCUGCAUAUAUGUUGGCAUAGCUGAAAAUUGUGCCAAAAUGCCAUCUCUGGGCUAAGGCAACUAGGUAGGUUUACGGGUAAGGUCAAUUUAUGGGCUUCAGAGCCCACAGAUAGUAUUGGAAAGUGUGUGUAUUUGGUUAUUGUGGAAAUAAACAUUAAAACUUCAGAGCCCACAGAGGUUGAGUGAUUAGUCUUGACUUUUAAAACAUGGCCUCUACUCUUUUUUGGAAUUGUCUUUAGAAUGUUAUAUUAUUGAUUUGCUAAUAGUAUGGAAUAUACAUUUUCAUCUCUCUCCUGCCCUAUAUACUCAACACAUCUCUCUUGCUACUAAAAUUGGGAGAAAUGGACGCAAUUCCAUGGAACAGGGAAACAAUAAUAGAAUGAUACUGAAGCAUUCUAACAUUUCAAGGAAAAGAGAUCUUGUUGCAUGGAGUAAACCUAUAAAGCCUGAAGUCUAGCCAGAGGAUCUUUAGCUAAUACUCAGAUUUUUCUCUAUGACCUGCUCAGUUGGGUCUUGCACACAGGCAGGCCAGACUAUAUACGGAGGCUGUAAAUAUGUAAAUGAAAAUUUUCUUAAAAUAUUUUUUUGGUGUAAAUUUUAUAUAAUAUAAACUUCAGUUUGGAAUUAAGAACUAAAUAUUGAUUUGCCCAAAAAAUACACUUUGUACUUUUUCACAUUUUUCAGUCACAGUAAUCAUUCCAUUAUAAUGACCAGAGGUAUUAGUUUGUGAAUUUAUGUUGUUAUUUUUGUUACUUUUCCAAACUUGUAAAAUAAAGUUGUUUCUUAAACUAAUUAGCAUUUGGGUGGGGAGGAGCAAAACCGCCCUUACUCUGAGCCUACUCACUUAGAAUCACCCACUGCCUGUGCCUCCAUUUUUUCUUCUCUGAUGAUAUAGUAAUUUUUUCUUUUGACCUUUCUUCUGUUGCUAUUGACCUGACCAUCUUAUCUAAGAUGCAAACUGUCACCCUGUGCUCAAAGACUUAAGGUUUCCUCUUUCUAGUUGCUAUCUCCUAGGGAGUAGGGUUCCUUGGCCCCACAGCUAAAAACAGUACCUAUAGGAGAAGAAUAACAAACUUAUAAACUGGUGAAGAGUCUCUAUUUAUCUCUUAAACAUAGUACUAAAAAUUUAUUUAAAUUAUAGGUUAAAUAGACUUCUGUGGACUUAACCUGGGAACUAAACCCUGUGUGUAUAUAUCAUCACCCAGUAAGAAACUGGUUCAAACUGACUUGGAAAUUUUAAUUUUAACAGGGACUAUUUGAAGUCAGAUUCUGGUUUUAAGCCCCUCUUUCUUCCCUUGGCUUGUAUGAUAUAUACUUAAUAUAUAUCAUAUUGUGUGUGUGUGUGUGUGUGUGUGUGUGUGUGUGUGUGUGUGUGUAUAAAAUGGCAAAAGGCCAGUGCCUUAAUAAACCAUAACAAUUACAUAUUUUAUCAGUAAAUACAUAUUUAUAUCAAAUAAAUACUUCAUUAAUGAAGGUCUAAUUGUAAAUUCCUUAUAAUAUUAUGUAAUAAUUUAUAAAUUAUUUAUAUAACAAUAUAUUCUGACUUGGAAUCCUGCUUGCCUAAUAAAUUGACAUAUUUAUUUAACCUGUGGAACUAUAAAUACCCUUUCUAAAAGCCAACUCACUAACAAAGCAAGCAAGUUUGUAUUAAACCAACAAUGGUCAGAUUUGAUAAUGCAAAUGUGGACUGACUUCUAAAUAACAAAUGUAAAAUUUUUUCUUCCUUUUGGUUAAACAUAUCUCCUUUAUAUACUAUGAUACACUUCAUUAUCAUACACAAACAUACAUAUAUAAAUAGUAUAUUCUGGAAGUAAACUUCUUGUCAUUCUAUUUAGACAGUGCCCUCACAAAGGAAAGAAAAAUAAAGGUGUAAAGUUUUUUUUACAUAUACUAAAUAAUAAAUUUAGCUCUCUGUUUCACAUACUUUCCUUAAUCUAAACAUUUUGUCAUUGUGUUUGCCUUUUUGCAUGUAUAUAAAAUAUAUUUAUGGUU